AUGUCAAUCUAUGCAUGGUGCAGCCGACGCGCUGGCGGCCUAGCGAUGCUGGCCACCAUUGCGCUGUCAUACUGGGUUAUCUCGAGCGAGCUGGAUGCUCAAAGGCAUGACUACAAGUAUCAGUCAACCAACAGUCUUAGUGCGCCGCGUCACAGCUCGAAAAAGGGCAGCGGCUUGGUUGCGGUAUUCUCGUACUACUGCCUGCUCAUCCACCUGCUGGUCUUUAUCUUCCCGCUGCGCUCCUGCUGGGCCGUCUUGACCAUCACGAACAGCCUCAAGAAGGCCGCGCGGGCGAGGGCCCUGAGGGACAUUAAAUUCGGACACCGCCGCCGUGGUUCGUCGACCUCACUUUCCAGCUCUGAGACGUUAACCUCGUCGCGGGACGUCAGCUCCACGUCAAGCAGCGAAGCCGGCGAUCAGGACACUGAGUGUUACAUGGACGCCGACAUCGCGCCCGACCGUGUCAUCCAUGCGAUCGUCAUUCCGAAUUACAAGGAGGAAACCGACAGUCUGAGGGAGACACUGGAGGUUCUGGCUUCGCACCCGCAGGCACGCAAUACCUAUGAUGUUUACCUUGCAAUGGAGCAAAGAGAGCACAACGCGGAGACCAAGGCGACCAGGCUCACAAAUGAGUUUUCCAAGAAGUUUCGCUCAAUUGACUUCACGGUGCACCCCUCCGACAUUCCAGGCGAGCUUGCCGGCAAGGGCAGCAACAUGGCGUGGGCUGCGAGGAAGUUGAGCGAAAAGUACAGCCUUGGGCAGCGGAAGGAUGUGAUUGUCACGGGCAUUGAUGCUGACAGCCACCUGUCGUCCAACUACUUUGCCCAGGUGACGACUAUGCAUAUGGCCUACCCCGACACGGCUACCACAACGCUCUACUCGGCCCCGAUCAUCUUCGACCGCAAUGCCCACAAUGUUCCCGCCAUUGUCCGUGUCGCCGACGUCCUGUGGUCUGCCGCUGGCAUGUCCGGCUUGUACAAGGGCUCAUCAAUUGCGCCCCCCACGUCGGUCUACUCUCUGCCCCUUGAGUUGGUCGAUCGUGUCGGCGGCUGGGAUUGUGACUCCGAGGCCAUUGGCGAGGAUUUGCACAUGUAUCUCAAGUGCUUCUUCGCUCUCAACGGUAACCUCACUUCGCGAACUGUCCUGAGCCCUGUGAGCCAAACCAAUGUCACGGGUGGUGGCCGCGGCAAAGGGAUUCAGGGCGUCAUGAUCGAUGUUCGUGCACGGUACAAACAGGCGCUCCGGCACAUGUGGGGCGCACUUGACACCGGCUAUGCGCUGAGGAAGGUAGUCGAGGUUUGGAAUGAGAGGAAGCACACCUCGAGGGCAUUCCGGCCGCUGCACACGUCUCUGAACGACGAUUUGGACAGCUAUGUUCCGCAGUCGCAGCUCGACUCUGUCGAUGCCGAAGCCACCCCUGAGAGCGGCAUCUUCUCCGACGUUGUGACCGAUACCCUGAAGGAACCCGACUGGGAGCGCAUCGUCAUUCUGUUCCAUCGCCUCUUCGAAGCGCACUUCCUGCCUGUCCAGAUGACCAUCCUUGUUGUUGCGUCCACCCUCUACAUGUGGGUGACGGAAGGCAUGCCCGACGUGCACGGAGUCGGCUGGAUCUUUAGCAUCUGCAACGUCCUCCGAACCCUCGGCUUCAUGGAGGUCGCUCUCUAUCUCUUCCUGUACGAAGGUUUCCACCGCAUCUGCGUCGAGUCGCGCGAGAAGGAGAUGGGCGACGCCGGCCUGCUCAAGGGCAUGCACUUCUCUCGGAGAGAGGUCAAGACCAACUUCAUCGACUACGUCAUGGUUCCGCUGGUUGCGCCGAUUUUUGGAUCGAUUCCGUGUGCGCAAGCGCAAAUAUGCCACUUCUGGACCUUGGACUUGGUGUACACGGUCAGCAAAAAGGUCACCCGAAGGAGAGCGAAGUCGGUAACAGCGGAUGCCCUGGUAUAA